AUGGCAUCAUCAUGCCAAGACAAAGACAUUCACUCGCGCCGGGUGUCACAUGCAAUGGGGGCUAGCCGGAAGUCUUCCUCGCCCGGUGUUGCCCGAGCAUCACAGUCCCCUGAGGAAGAAGUUGAUACGGUCUUGCGCUCGUUGCCCUCUUGCGACCGCUGUCGUACUUCAAAGAAACGAUGCGAUACUCAGCUGCCUGCCUGCUCGAACUGUGCUCGUUUCAAUGUCGAUUGCAUUUUUUACGAUCACGUUGCGAAAGAGAAAGUCUCCAGAAGCUACAUCCUCGAACUCGUUCAACGUCUUCAUCAGCUGAAGAAUGGUGACGUGGAUUGGCGUUCAGAAUCGUCGCUGAACACACCCCACCCGGCAUAUCAUUUCACCAAUGUGAGAAACGCCUAUCGCCUCAUCGGUCUACAUGCGCCACUCUUCACCAAAACCUCCAGUCACCAUCCAUCAGAGUCAAAACAAUUUCAAGGCCAGGACCGGUCAUAUCCACCUCUAGAGCCUCCAAAUGGGCUUGCGAUCAGCUCUGAGUUGCAUUACUUCCUCGUUGAAAACUACAUGGAAAAAUGCAACACAGUCUAUCCUAUCCUCGAAGCUGGCCGAACUGUCCUGCAGCAGGAUCCUUCUCAGUCGAACUCAAUAAGCCCAUGGACAUACUUCGUAUUGAACAUGAGCUGCUACCGAGCCGCCCAGACCUGCUUCGAGAGUGUUAUGUCCGAAUUGGAUGUGGAAGCGCUACAGGCGGUGCUACUCUUGGCUCUGUACAGUCUCUUCGACCCACAGCAGGGCAACAUCGGCCAGCAGAUCGCCUUCGCUCAUCGACUAGAGAUCGAGCUAGCAGAGCGUGAGGCUGACAGCCUUGAUGGGCUUGACUCGAGUCUUGGGAGGCUCCGAAAAGUUAUUUUCUAUCUGGGCACUCAGGUCUCUAGUGUCUUGGAGAGAUCUGUUGGCUUUCACUCAAUGAUUUCGCUAAUCAGCCACGAUAAGGAAAAACGCACCGUCCUCAAUAUCGCAGACCAGAGCGACGACCACGUCUACUCUUUGUUUGCCUUGCAGGCUUCAGCUCGAAACGAAACAAACGAUGAUCCGACUUCUAAGUUUGAGCUUUUGAGGUUGCCCCGGUCACCACUGGCUCAGGUUGCGACAGAUGAGACACUAUUUCUGAUCAAAGGCGACGCGGCGUCCGCAACAAGACUGAUCAACGCAUAUACGUCAGAUGAGACUGUCUAUACCAUCUUGACUUCACAUUUGGCUUUCAAGGCAGCCACAAUUCUGUUGUCGAGCUCGGAACCUCUGGAACGACAGCGUGGCUACGCUAAGGGACCCCAAAUCCUGGAUCGAUGUACAUUGAAAUGGCCCAAUGCCCAGGCUCUGUACGAUGUUGUUCAGAAGUCUUCGCUGACUGAGAAGUGA